AUGGCUGGAAACAGAGACUACUGCGAUAAGGAGGUCCUGAAGAGGGUGCUAAACGGAUCGUGGGAUGGAAGCGCCGUGCAGUUCUUGCAGAAGUACGAAAUUGAACGAACGGCCAUGUCAAACCCACUGAUACGAAGGCUAGAGAUUUCAGACAAGUCCGUCAUUCUGGUCCAACGCUAUCAGCAAUCGCGGAAGAUGUCCCGAUCCAAGUCGACCUCCUCAUCCUUGUUCAUCGAUGACACAUCAGAUUCAGAGUGUGAACUGGAACUCACCGGAUGUCCUUUAGAGUGGCCGAUGGAACCGAAGAGCUUUUCAAUGCUUGAAUCUCCGUCAUACGAAGAUUCGAGCAAGAAUUCAGGAUCCCCAUGCAAAAACAAGCUGAGGGCUCUGCCCGCGGAUGAAGGAAGGACACUCCUGAAUGCGGUAGUGAACAUGCUGAGCACCUGUGGCUACAAGACGGAGAUGGACCCAGUGUGGGUGGCGUGCGACGGCACCGACCCCCAGUACACAGCCUUCCUGGGUUACCACUGCGGAGGGGGCACCUGCUCCCGAGUCAUCGUCUCCUGCCGGGGUCCAAUUGAGAGCAAGGAAGACCUGCCAACCUUUGGCUGCAUCCAGAGGAAACACUUCUGGGGAUUGUCCCAGUCACACACUCAUACGACGAUGCAGGUGAAUGCGAAGUACGACAUCCUGCGCCACUACGACCCCUCGCAGCAAAGCAGCCGUGAGGACAUCAUGGUCCUUGAAUGCUCCUGGAACAAGGCUGCUGUGUUGCAGCAACCGCCAUGCGCCGACGCGCUCUGCCAUCUCAACGUCCAGACCUUACCUGGAAAUGAGCGCAGUGCCGCACGAGGUGUGUACAAGGAAAUGAAGUUUGCCAAGCAACUUGUUGAGUGCCUGACUACGGGAGCAGUUGCGUGGGCGCCGGAUCUCGGUGGGCCAACUCUCAUUGAGAAGGUGACGGCGCUCCUGCAAGGGUCCCGUAAAGGCAGUUAUCGAGAAAAGUCGGGGACGCCUUUUGCAGACGUCGGCUGGAACUCAGUGGACUUUGACCUCUACGUUGAGACAGUGGUCAUGAGCAAGCGGCAGCCCGUGGAUUUCACUGACGAGAUGUGGAACGCCAUGUCAGGCUGUGGGACGUACCAGGAGCUCAAGGAAGGCUUCUGCAUGAUAUUUCACGCUGUGCAAGCUGGGGAAAUCAGACCAUUGAUUGUUCCAAAGAACGCAACCACGGUGGGCACCUACCUGCGAAACAUGAGCCCUCAGUUCCGGCCGGAGGGGACCAUGGGGGGGCUGAUGCCGGUGCGCAUGCUGGCUGAGAUCGGGCUCCAGAAACUGCAGCGAGACUUUGUCAAUAUCUUUGUCGGUCUGGAGCUGGCCAGCCAGGAGCAGCUGGUGCCCUUCCUUGUGUGCCCGACCAAAACGGAGGAGGCCCUCGGUGAGCUGUGGAAGCUGCAGACGGUCCUGGACAUGAUAAUGCUGUGCAAGGCCUACCUGCACCUCCCUAUUCACUACCUUAGCGGGUACACCAGGGAAGCCCUGAAGUACUUCAGCAACUGUGAACGUGGAAAGUACAUCCACAAGUUCAGGUUUCCACUGAAAGUUCCCCUUGUUCGUGUGGUGCUGGAAAAUAUCUCCCCAAUGGAGUGGACUGCAUCCAUCAAGAGCCGACAGGGGAACUAUGCUGCACACACCAUUGUCCACAUCAGCACCACUCCCCCUUUCGAUCACCUGCUCACCGAGAAGCAGUGCAAUGUGCCCCACCACCUGCGGGACUCGGACUACUACUGCACCAUCAUUUCCAAUACGCAAGACAAACUGAGAUUGUGAGACAACUGUCGUUCGGAUCAUGCCCAUGAUCCGAACAAGUAUGACGACAACAGUGACUGUGAGAAAGUUUACGGCGACGAAAGCCUCAGUGCCAUGGCAGUCGCGCAGAUGCUUCUCUGGAAGCUUCUGAAGCUCGUCAUCGAGCAUUCCAGGAACCUGGCACAGUUUUGGUAAAAGCCUCACCGUGCCACGGCUGGUGGUUGUAACAGCUGGUGCUUGCAUUGUGGUGAACGGUGGACAGGACAGCGCAUUCGUUUGCCUCACACACUUAAGGCUCACUUUGACUGAAGGGUACCCAUGGCCUUUUUGAUUCUUGAUUACUUUGAUAUUUCUUUAGAUGUGGUGCACAUCUGUGCCACUGACUGUGGAGAGAGUGUGCUGUAAUGUAGUUUUGAGACUGCUUGACUCGUGUCUUAAUUGCUAAUUCAGAUUUCGUGCAAUGAACUUCACCUGCCCAAUGGCAGUGUAGCCAAGAUUUAAGUUGGCAGCGCGCAUCCAGUUUGCUUUCUGACUUGGAAAGUGUGCAACAGUGAGUAUGCAUUUCACACUUUAUUUGCAAGGUUAUCCAUUGUUGCCGUUAGGUAAGCAAAUUCACAAUGGAGUUCUUUUGCAAAUUAGGAAAAGAUUUACUUGUAUUUCUUUCCCAAAAAGUCAUUUCAACCGCUCGCUUUAGUUCCACGAUGCCAUGUUUGUGUGUGCAGCCCUUAAGUUGCCUAAUUCAUGACACGUGCGCCAAUAAAACUGCCUGUAUAGUCGUCAGCAUGGUUGAACCUGGCAACAGACUUUCCACCCAAACAAGCUGCCAAAACCACUUCAGCACAUGUUGAAUGAAACCCUGCAUGCAUCAUGCCAGCCAUGAGUGCGAAGUUUACAGAUCAUUUACUAUUACGUUUGAAAGUGAGUUUGCUUCGUUGUGAGGGGAUGAUGACAGCAAUUUGUAGUGGACUGCGAAAGCUGUGGGGAGAUUGUUCACGUCAACGAAUUUUAAGUCCCGUGUAUAGCGCACCAUAAAGCUGACGAAGAUUCAUCGUGCAGCACUGAAAUUUUCGGUUUGCUACGAGAUUGUGUACAGCCUCUUGAGAACAUUGCAAUACUGUUGCUUACGGUACCAUGUCAGCAUGUACCUGUGCCCGACACUCGGUAUGCUCGUUGAGCAUUCUGCGGCAGUUGAAAGCACUCUGAAACUUUUGCUGGCUCUGUGUGGCCUGUAGUUGCUCACCUGAAACUUGCCACUAUAACUUUAGUCCAUUGUGCUAUGGCACACAUGUAGCUACUCGUCCAAGAUAAACUCGGUGUGUACUGUUCCUGCGAUGCAGAGAAGAGCCGUUAAGGGACACCAUGAAAGACGAAAAGAGAAAUAGAGUCCCUGGAAAUUGGAUGGACUAAUGGCAGCCAGCGUGGAGAGGUAUCCAUGUCACUAUCGUAAAGGGUGUCAGUCUUUGCUUCAGAGCGACCUAGGGCCUUGCGAAUUCUGUUUGUACAGUAUUUAAACAUCUUGUAAAUACUCUGUAAAUAAGACUCGCGCGCUAUUAUCGUGCAGUUUUGUGAGUGUUUAGCCCGUGUCUCCCCAUUUGCCACUGCAGUAUUUUUUUCUUUUUUCAUCAUGCAUGUUGUGCUGUUGCCGGUAGGUGUCACGGUACUGCUGGAGCGACUUUCUGACAUUUCACUAGUGUUAGCCAUUCGGAUGCAGAUUACAGCUAGCUUCACACUGAAGCUUUAUUUUUGCCGCUUGGCUUUUAUAUCAGCACGUGGCGACUCACCAGGCUUUGGCACUGCAUGCAAACAAGUGUGGCGCGGAUAUCUCGCUGUGUAGCAAUCAUGUCUGCAAAGUAUUGAGCGUCUGCGUAGCGCAACAAGAGCUGAAAGUUUCCUGCGCGCCCUUCCUGUCGAGAGAGUCCUGCUUCCAGCCAGAUUCCAAGUCACACGGACGAACACACUGCCUGCACUGUAAAACGGCACACAACGCCUCUCUUUCAAAUGCGAAGCAUUUUUGUGUUACUUUCUGUGGUAGCUGGUACGUGUAAGUUCGCAUCCUGGUGUUGUGAGCUUGAGCGAUUGUAGUGAUCACAUGUCACUCGAGCAUUGACUAAGGGAACGAAUGCUUAAUUAUCUUUCAGGAGUAUUAUCGGCUAUUUAAGUAAAUGGAUUUGACUGCUUAAGUUCAUUUUGGAAUAACUGAGAAACCAUCUUGUGUUAUAACAAAAUGCUUUAUUCAUUGCACAUAGGUGUGAGAAUUCGCUUCCAGCAUACUGUACACUGUUGCCACACAGGCCACAGCACACCGCAACAGCCAUGUUAUUGUAUUUGUGUCGGGACAUUGAUCCAUGUACAUAAAGGUGCCCUCGCUUUUUGUGAAAGUGAUCCCAAGCUUGUCUUAACGUACCGCAUUUGAAAAACAUAAUGUCAGCUUUCUUUGUGUGUAAUUGAAUUGAGAAAGCACCUCGAGCUGUAUCUGGAAUGCUGCUCCUAUUAUAAUGCAUUAUUAGAAUGGUUUAUUUUAUUUUAUUUUUGUACCUUUCUUGUGUUUCAAAGUGUGGCAAGCUCAAAUGUCAGGCAACCAAGCAUUGCAGUUAAGGCAGCUUCUUGAUAAGCUGUUUUAGUGUUUUGUAGUGUUGCCAUCCCAGCCAAAUGCCAGCUUUGAACAUGCAAAACAAUCUGUGGAGUUGAGUUUUGCAGCUAAAUAUAAUAAUUGUCAUCAA